AUGCGACGUGCACCCCACCUUCUCAAUUGCACGCGACCCUACGCUCCAAACCCUAAUUUAAUUUCCAACGAGACCAUCAUCUUCUCAUCUCCAAUUAUAUAUAUCGAGAGAGAUAUAGAAGGAAAGAAAGAAAGAGAUAUCUAACAUUUAAUGAGAGAAAAGAACGAUGACCCGCAGCUCCCUAUGGACUUGACAAACCCAAAUCAAGGCAAACACACACGCAUCCAUAAAACCCCAUCAAUCUUAUGAUUUAACAGAGAUUUUCAUCUCUUCCCUUCUUCUUCUUCUUCUUCUUCAUAUCUUUAGCCUUAUCUACACCUCUCUCCUUACUCCUAGGUUUCAACUUUUCAUUUGUUUUACACUUACUUUUCUUGGGUUUUUCUUAAUUUCUUUUCUUUUUAAAGGCUACAGCCAUGGCGAACCGGUGGUGGGCCGGGCAGGUGGGUCUACCCGGAAUGGACACAUCAACCAGCUCAUCAUCUCCCUUGAAGAAACCAGAUCUAGGUAUUUCCAUGUCCAACAGCAAUAGAGAAACACCCGAGAGCGAUAGGAGAGAAGAGGAGCAAGAAGAUGAAAGAGAACACAGCGAUGAACCUAAAGAAGGAGCCAUAGACGUUGGCACUCGCCGUCCUAGGGGCCGCCCACCAGGAUCAAAGAACAAACCUAAACCACCCAUCUUUAUCACCAGAGACAGCCCUAAUGCUCUCAAAAGUCAUGUAAUGGAGAUAGCUAAUGGGUCUGAUGUAGCUGAGAGUUUAGCUUGCUUUGCAAGAAAGAGGCAAAGAGGUGUUUGUGUCCUCAGCGGAAGCGGGAUGGUUACUAAUGUAACCCUUAAGCAACCAUCUGCACCAGGAGCAGUCAUGGCACUACAUGGCAGGUUCGAGAUUUUGUCAUUGACCGGAGCUUUCUUGCCUGGACCAGCACCACCAGGAGCGACGGGAUUGACUAUAUAUUUAGCUGGAGGGCAAGGGCAAGUGGUGGGAGGUAGUGUGGUGGGAUCUUUAGUGGCCUCAGGGCCUGUUAUGGUGAUUGCAGCAACGUUUUCGAAUGCUACUUAUGAGAGGUUGCCACUGGAGGAGGAGGAGGAGGGUGGCGGUGGUGGUAGCGGAGGGCAAGGGCAGAUCGGUGGUGCUGAAGGGGGUAGUGGGGGGAUGGGGGAUCCUGCUGCAUCAACGCCAGUGUAUAAUAAUUUGCCUCCAAAUUUGGUGCCUAAUGGCGGACAAUUGAACCUUGAGGGAUAUGGAUGGGCUCAUGGAAGGCCAACCUUUUAGAAGAGAAGGAUUCGUCUCAUCUUCUGGCUUAUGUUGGAAACUAUUGAGAGAUAACGAAGUAAGUUAGGAAUGAAAAAAUAAGACUCAUGGUCUAUAUCUUGUAUAUUUCCAUCUAAGUGACUAUUGCCCUUCACUUGAUUUUGGAGUACAAGUAUCUCUUUUUCUUCUU